CACUCACCUUACUACCGCUGCCUGCUGCUGUUCACCCAGAUCUGUUUCGGACGCGACUGAGGGUGUUUCGCCAUGCCUACGCCGGUUGCCAAAGGCAUUAUAAUCACCGUGUCGGCGCUUGUCGCUGCAGGUAUCGCGGUUUACGAAUCGCCCCAGUUCCGACAAUGGGUCAAUACCUCACGACGGAAGAUCGCCCUUGCGCUCCACCAUCUCGGCGAUGAGAUCCAUCCACAAGACGCAGCCGCUCUUAGGCAGGAUAUCUCGAUGACGGAAGAGGUGGGCGCUGCGGCUGAGGAGCGACGGCGGUUAGCUGUGGAAGAGCUUCAGCGGCGACGCAGCGUGCUCGAAGCCCGUCGCAAGACUAGAGACGGAGCCCCAGCAAGCAGCUUUGACGCUCUGGUGGAUGAUAGUGGCCGGCUUUUGGAUAGUCCAGAGCCUCUGGUGAAUGAUUCAAUGGCCAAUUCGACGGCGGUGGAAGUAACGACGUCGCAGCCUGUCCAACGCGGCAAGCAGACUGGAACGUCCACUCCUAUGGCUGAAAUCGAUGGCUCAAACAACAUCGGGAGUCGCCUACAGAUUGCAAUUCCGCCCCCUGGCUCUCAAACCCCGUCGCUUGUUGAGUUCACACCUACGUCGGAAGCACCGGAAAGGCUUGCGACCUCGUUCCAUUCCCAGUUUGGUGAGGGCGAACACUUUGUAGGAUCGGAUAGCUACCAUCGUCCCGACACACCUGCAUCUAGCCACACCGAAGAUUAUUCUCAGAUUAUCUAUGCUCAUCCGGAGGAUCAUGCUGUCAAUGGCACCGGGCGGGACCUGAGAUCUCCAUUUUCAGACCUGUCCGACCUGCACUCCGAGGGUCAUCACGUUGAGCGCCCAUCUACACCGUCUACUGCCGGUAGCUUCAGCCAAAUCUAUGAGUCUGCGGUGGAUGGGUCUGAAGGCACACUAAGCGACUUUGAGCGGUCCGGUGCAGCUACUCCAGCUAGCUGGUCCGAAAUUGGCAGUGUUAUCAGCAACGACGAGCAGCAUCAUCAUUUGUAGGUAUGGAAUUGGUUGACUGAUAUUGAAGGAACGUAUGGUCAUGGACAGGCGAUAGGGUGUUGAGUUUGCUUGGACUGGUUUUGCUUAUUCGGGCGCAAUGUGGCAAUGGCCACCUGUACAUAUAUUGCUUUUGUUAGAAACACGGUAGCUUUGAACCAUUG